AUGAUUGAUUUCACAUUAAACAUGAUUUUGUUCAAACUCUUUCUAUUUUUGUCUUUAAAAGGUUUUUCGAACAUUUAUUCUGGUGCUUUAGCAGAUCCAAAUAGUACCAUUCGUGUGCAACUAUGGAGAGCUCAAGGGUAUUUGAAUCAAGCGGUUCUCACUGAGUUUGAUGACCGAGCACACUACGAUGAUGAGAUAUGGAUGAGAGACAAUAGAACGAUCGACUUCAUGAUAUUUGAUAUCGAAGCUGACCAAAUGGCUUCUUUUUUGGACGAACACAAUGUCUCUCAUAAAAUUUUGAUAGAAGACGUGCGUGAGAGAGUCGAUGAUGCUCUGGUGCAUACGUUUCCUACCAGACGCUAUGGUCAAAUUGAUAGAACGCCUAGAGGAGCUUUGGACUGGACAAAAUAUCCAACGUUGGAUCAAAUUCAUGCAUAUUUGGAGAGAAUUAAUAAAAAAUAUCAACAUUGCAAUUUAAUCACACUAGGCAAGUCUGUGAACAAUAAACCUAUUUAUGUGCUAAAGAUAUCAACAAUGAACCCUACAAAUAAGGCUAUAUUAAUAGACAGUGGGAUCCACGGUCGUGAAUGGACAUCAGUAGUAUCGAUGUUGUAUUUUAUUGAUACCAUUGUUCGAGACUUUCGUCAUCAACCUUCGUAUAUUAAGGAUCGAGAUUGGCAUAUCAUACCAGUGCUUAAUCCAGAUGGCUACGAGUACAGUCUGAAUAAUGAUCGACUAUGGAAGAAGAACAGAAGAAAAGUCAGCGAAUUCUGUUACGGAGUGGAUCUCAAUAGAAACUUCGAGUACAAUUGGGCUAAGCAGAGUUCCACAAGAUCUGUAUGCAGUGAUACCUUUUGUGGGCGUGCACCAUUCUCCGAACCAGAGACCCAAGCUUUUAAGAAAUUAACAGAUGGUCCACGUUUCCAUGGUUAUCUGUCCAUUCACUCUGCUGGCACGAAGGUUUUAUUUCCAAUGGGAGUCACUAGUAGUGACCAUGUGGACCAAAUUACUAUGACCAAGGCGAUGGCACAGGCAAUGCGAGGCUUUCAGAAUUAUCAGUUCGUUAGUGGUGACAUCCAUGCUAUGGGGAAAGUAGGCUACGGCAUGGCCAUAGAUUGGAUGUACUUCACAAAAAAGAUCAAACAUUCAUACAUUAUAGAGACGAGAGGACAAAACGGACUGGAUGUUCUUGUACCAAAAGAGAUUUUACCAGCCGCCAAAGAAGUACACAUUGGCAUAAUGAAAUUUGCUGAACUUUUUAACUCAUAG